GUCCCCGCAGCGCGCCGCAACUGCACACCAACUUGCUCAACCGGACGCUCCAGGACACCAUCCACGGGUACUACCUCCAGGCCCUUGCCCUGCUGCCACCAGGCUCUCGCUUCCACCGCAGCCUGAUUAAGGCCGGCUACUGCUACGGCCCGUUCGACCCCGUCUCCAACAUCAUCAUCAACACCAUCUGGUAUGAUGCCAAUUUCCCACCCUCCAUGAAACUCGAGCUGGAUGUCAUGGGCACGCGGAGCCUCCACAGGGUGGAGAACCGCUCCUUGUACGGCAUGGUCUCCUUCCUCUGCACACGUUACCAUGAACUUGAUUUCCAUCAAGCCGUGCGCUGCCUGCUCCAGGCAGAUGCCAACCUUGUGCUCGCUGAUCCCAACCUUGUGACUGAUACUAACCUUGUCUACGACUUUGGUAUCGUGAGAGAUGUGCUGAGGCAUGGACCAGCCUCUGCCUUUCGUUGCAAGCUCCAAACUCAAGCCCCCCCCCAACACUGGUCUCACUGUAGGACACCCGGACACUGGUAUUGAGGAAGCCUUCUUGGCCGCCGCCACCGCGGCCUGUCACCCCAACCCAGACGCUCAAGCACAGCUUCUCACUUCUUGUUGCAAGGUGGACCCGAGUCCUGUCUUGUCUCUGCUGCCUAUUGACUCUCACAAGCUCUCCUUUCAAGAUUUAAGCCUGCUUGCCAGGUUUCUAUCUUGCAAUCCCCUCUAUGAGUAUGACAAGGCACUUCCACUUCCCCCAGUCCCCCUCAAAUGUUACCCACGUGCAGAGCUAGCGAGCCUGUAUACAGUCAUCUCCAAGGAGGUCAAUGCUCUGCUGAAUAAAUAUCAACAGAUGCCAAACGGGGAUCCCAAGUUCAAGCUUCAUAUGAUUUGUGUUGUGAAUGAUCGGGUCCGCGGCCCUGCUCCAUGGCCUCCUCAUCGCCAUGGCCACUCUCACGUCAACUUCGUGGCUACUUCCAAAAGCCCUGGUGGUGAAGCUCCUACUUUAUUUUUUGCUGAAAUUAAUGCUGACAACCGAAGCAUGUCCUUCUGUUGCCCUGUGGAUCUGCCGCCGCCAUGUGCUGCGCAAAUUCCUUGUAUUUACUGUGAAUCCAUGGGGACUCGAAUUGUGCAUCCGGUCGGGAUACACUUCACUGGGCGUGACUCGGAGUUUGAGAACAUGGCCUGUGAAAAAGACCCCCUUGGGCGUGUGUAUGCAACCAUGAGAAUCAUCAACCAUAGGCGUGGCAUGGCGGAGAGCGUCCAUGUUAACGUGAAAGAAGAUAGCCUCUAUGAUGGCAUGGAUGGGCACAAGAGUAAGUAUGACAUCGAGACGGGUUCCUUGAGCAUGAAAGAAUACGUGUUAUUGAUACCAGCUUUGAUAUGACCCCUUGUGAUAUAAAUACCGAGGUCAUUGUUGUUUUGCCUGAAGCCGGUGUUGUCCAAAAAUACGCUACAUAUACAUCGGAAUACCUGAUGACAAGUUACAACGAUGAACAAGAAUUACUCGUUA